GCUCUUCUCUGUCCGAGUUUACAGCCGUGAAGUGUUUGUGUUUCAGGCGAGCAGAAAGACAAAGAAGAAGGAAGGAGGCGCCAAGAGAGCUCAGAGAGCUUCGUCCAAUGUUUUCUCCAUGUUUGAACAAACUCAGAUCCAAGAGUUCAAAGAGGCCUUCACCCUCAUCGAUCAGAACCGGGACGGUUUCAUCGAUAAAGAAGAUCUCAAGGACACAUACGCGUCUUUGGGGAAACUCAGUGUAAAGGACAACGAGCUGGAGGACAUGCUGAGAGAAGCCACCGGUCCCAUCAACUUCACCAUGUUCCUCACCCUGUUCGGAGAAAAGCUGCACGGUGCAGAUCCUGAGGACACCCUCUUAAACGCCUUCAAACUGUUCGAUCACGAUGCCAGAGGCUUCAUUCACAAAGAUGAAUUACAGAACCUGCUGAUGACACAAGCAGAGAAGUUCACACCUGAGGAGGUGAAGCAGAUGUUCCAGUCGUCCAACAUCGACGCUGCAGGAAACCUGGACUACAAAUCUCUGUGUUACAUCAUCACACACGGGGAGGAGCGUGAAGAAUAACCUGAAUGCUGAUCUGCUGCAG